AGAAUAGAAGAAUAUAUUUUCUAGCCUCCUUCAACUCCACCUUCAGCUGGACCAGGCGGAGCCCAGCACAGGAGGAGGGGUUUAUUAGUUAAUUCAUUGGCUUUAUUUCUCUGCCAAGGUCACCUUCACAAGGUCCCCUGAUUUCCUGAAUGAUUGAGGAACACAUUUACCUAAAUAAGACAGAGGUCAGAGGUUUACAGUGUGGACAUGAAGACAGAAUGUCAUCUGUUGUCUUUGUUUGGAGAUCAGGGAAAGAUGUCCAAAAGGUGCAGCGUUGGGUGGAUUAAAUGACAGAGAGAGCUGGUAAAUGAUCCAGAUUCACCAUGAACGUACAGCUUUGAGGUAGAUUUAAUACCAUGCCUUAGAGGUUCCGUCUGUCAGGGAGGGUUGGAAGUUCUAAUGGUUCUAAUAAAUGAUCUGCAGAUUGAACCGUCUCUUACUGGGACCAGAUUCUAACAGUGAUAAACCACCGGGUUAAGGUUCACUCUGUUCCUGCUUUUACACUUCGUAGCUCUGAAAUAUGGUCUCAUUUUGGUGAUUUUAAAAGUAAACGUGUCUUUCAGACAUGCUGGAGGUCUUUUACAGAUCCAUAAAUCAGGCUAAAUUUUAAUCUUUAAAUCUAGGUUUGUAUAAUUUUCCUGAUAAAGUGACAUGUGACAGAUUAUUAGUUCAGAGGCUGUUUAUAAGGUAGAAAUCAGAAGAAUUUUUCUGUUUUCACAGUUUCUAGCUCUAAAAUAGGGUGUAAUUUUGGUGAUUUUAAGAGUAAACGUGUAUUUCACAUGUCUUCCUGGAGGUCUUUUAGAGAGCCAUAAACAGGCCAAAUUUUAAUCUUUAAGUCUAGAUUUGUAGAAUUUUCCUGAUGGAGUCACAUGUUAUAGAUUAUUAGUUCAGAGGCCGUUUAAAGGGUAUAAAUUUGCAGAAUUUUUCUGUUGUUACAAUUCGUAGCUCCAAAAAAAUGCUGUGAUUUUAGUUGGAUUUUAAUUUUCUUUGUAAAAUCAUUAGUGUCGAUACACUUUUCGGAUGCGUUUGGUGGGAGUGAUCCUCCGGGAGGGGCGGAGCUAUCUCCCCAAUAACAGCAGGCGCACCGAGAAAUACUUCGGAGUACUUCAAAGUACUGCGAUCCGUCCUUCGCUGCUUCAGUGUGACAGUUUGUGAGGAGCUUCCUGCGCUGUGAUUGGUCCAGACAGACGGCAGUGAUGUCAUCGGUGAAGGUGGAGAGUGUGGUGAAGACGAGCGCUCUGGUUGGUGAAGGGCCAGUGUGGGAGGAGUCAGACAAGACGCUGCUAUUCGUCGACAUCCCAGGUCGUAAGAUCCACCGCUGGAACUCAGUGACCAAUCAGAUCCAGUCUGUGGAGACAGCUGACUCGGUUGGCUUCGCGAUUCCUCGGAAGUCAGGUGGUUACAUAGCAGGUGUGGGCUGCAGCAUUGUGGCUGUUGAUUGGUCGACUAAGGUGAUGACAUCACUGGCCAGAGUUGAUGAAGACAAACGGAACACCCGCCUGAACGAUGGGAAGGUGGAUCCCAUUGGACGCCUUUGGGCAGGUACGAUGUUGGCUGAGGGCCAACCGGAAGAAAGGAAGCAGGGAUCUCUGUUCUCUGUGACCGCUGACCACACUGUGACCAAGCACCUGAGCCAGGUGGACAUCUCUAACGGGCUGGACUGGUCUCUGGACCAGAAGACGUUUUUCUACAUCGACAGUUUGGCUCUGACUGUUGACGCCUUCGACUAUGAUGCUACCACUGGAAAGAUCGGUAACCGUCGUGUGGUGUACCGGUUGGAGGAGGAGGAGGGGCUUCCUGAUGGGAUGACGCUGGACGCUGGAGGUCGACUCUGGGUGGCGUGUUAUGAUGGAGGACGGGUCCUCAACAUAGACCCUGCUACUGGUGUGCGUCUCCAGACCAUCCCCCUUCCUGCCACUAAGACCACCUCAGUCUGCUUCGGGGGUCCAGACUACACUGACCUCUACGUGACCUCAGCCAGUAUGGGCCUCGACCAAUCAGAGCUCAAGAAGCAGCCGCAGGCAGGACACACCUUCAGGGUGACAGGACUCGGGGUCAAAGGUCGACCUCCACACUUCUUCUCUGGGUGACGUCCAGGAGGCGGAGACUCGACCCGUCAUUGAUCUCCAUCCAUCCAAUCACAGCACAGAUCACCUGCACUACAGGACCAAUCAAUAACUGGAUCAAUAGCUAGAUCAAUAACUAGAUCAAUAAGUUCAUUAAUGAGGGCUUCACCUGCUGUAUGGGAAGCUAAUGAGCCAAUCAGAAACAUGGAAAAUCUGACAUGAUAGUGGACCAAUCAGUGUCUGAGAAUGGUUGGAACUUGAUUCUGAAACUUUUACUGUGGAGGAUUGUGGGUAAUGUAGUGCCUCAAUUAAUAAUAAACAGUCAUGGAGGAUUGUGGGUAAUGUAGUGCCUCAAUUAAUAAUGAAGUCAUGGAGGAUUGUGGGUAAUGUAGUACCUCAAUUAAUAAUGAAGUCAUGGAGGAUUGUGGGUAAUGUAGUGCCUCAAUUAAUAAUAAAGAGUCAUGGAGGAUUGUGGGUAAUGUAGUGCCUCAAUUAAUAAUGAAGUCAUGGAGGAUUGUGGGUAAUGUAGUACCUCAAUUAAUAAUGAAGUCAUGGAGGAUUGUGGGUAAUGUAGUGCCUCAAUUAAUAAUGAAGUCAUGGAGGAUUGUGGGUAAUGUAGUGCCUCAAUUAAUAAUGAAGUCAUGGAGGAUUGUGGGUAAUGUAGUGCAUCACUUAAUAAUAAAGAGUCAUGGAGGAUUGUG